AUGCAAACUAUUGUUUCUUAUACGUCAACGUCAGUGUCAGUGUUAGUCAGUCGGUCAGUCAAUAGAAACAAGUCGAUUAUAUUUUCAGAGAAAAAGGUCACAAUGAGCCAAAAUCGUAAUCACAGUCAUGAUAGAGCAAGUUCCAAAUCACCAUCCAAAUCGAAAUCGAGAUCAAGAUCGGGAUCUCGAUCACGUUCAUUAUCCUCGACAUCAUCUGGUCGCGCAGCACAUGCACCAAAAUGGGAUGGUGAAUCAGGUUACCGCUUACAUAUUUCACCGCUGAAUCCUCGCACAUCUCGACGCGAUAUUGAGAAAAUCUUUGGAAAAUUCGGAAAAAUCAACGAAGUUUGGAUGGCAACAAAUCCGCCAUGUUUUGCGUUUGUCAAUUAUAAACAUCGCAAUGAUGCUGAAGAUGCUAUACAAGCCAUGGAUGGAAAAAAUAUCGAUAACUCACGUAUUGGUGUUUCCUAUGCACGAAAACGUACUGUGGGUGGUCGUCGUGGUGGGUAUAAUGGUGGUGACCGAUAUUCUCGCGGUGGAGAUCAUGGCUCAUCUAGAGAUCGUCGUCGUUAUUCACCACGGCAAGAUGACAGAAGUUAUGAUCGUCGUCGACGCUAUUCACGAUCACGUAGUCCAGUCCAAUCAAAUAAACGCGAUUAUCGACAAAGAUCCCGAUCAUCGUCACCAAAAUCACGUCGUAAUCGUCCGUCGUCCAGAGAUCGUUCGCCUCAACAACAAACGGCCAAUGUUGUCCGCAGAUAUGCCAAUGAUGAGGAUCGAUCUGAUUGA